GGCCCCUUAGUCAUCCCGUCAUUAAAACACUGAACGGGAUAUCUGGAACACCUCAAAAAGUCCACAGGGGAUUGUUAUCGGAAUGGCAAAAUUCCAUAUUUUCCUUGGAUAUAUCGUAUUAAUAAUGCCGCACAGUGUGAGCUGGGGAAAUCUAUAUGCCAGUAGGAAUGUUAAAGAGUUGGAAAAUAUGAAGGACCUGAUCCAGCGGCUCGAGGACAAGUUGACGGUUAACGAGGAAAAUGACGUUUAUCCGUCAGAGUCUGAGGACGUGGUCGCAGCCCAUAUGGAGGACAUUGAGAACUCGCCCGCGGCGAUCCGGGGGCAGAAGGAGAGAAUGGUAAUCAACGCAUCCAAAAUAAUUGCCCCCGAAAGCCCUGUGGUGUCACGCCUGAAAGAUCUAAUCGGUUUGAGGACGGCCAAAUCGUUCAACAGCUAUUUCCGUAACCGGAUUGAGAGAAUCGGCUCGUGGAGCGGACUGGGGUGCAAUAACGUCAAGACUGGUAACAAGAAGAGAAUAUCUGGGAACUGAAGAACAACGUAGGCCUACCCAUUCAUGGACGUCAAAAAAACUGCGUAAUGUCUGACCUCUGUGGAACCUUCCCUGGCAUUCUGGGGAAUGCAUUUUUCCCCCUUCAAACAAUAGUCCUAAACUGAGAAAUAUAUAUUUCAUAAACGAAUUUAUACUAAAUAAUUUCGAUGUUAAAACAUGCUAAAUUAAAUCUCUUAAUUCCCGUG